GUGAAUCAUCACAAGUACUGGCUCAUUUGAAUUAUUACUUCUUAAUUUCUUCUUCUUUUUCUUUUCUUAAAUGAGCAAUAAAAAGAUACAUCAUCUCGGUGCAGAAGGAAGAGGUCCUUGGUACAAUGCUGAUGGCUUAAUCACAGAAAGCUACAUUAUCGGUGUUGGUGGUGGCAGUGCUAGUGGAAAGACCAGUGUAUCAGAUCGUAUUCUCAAAAGUCUCAAUGUCCCUUGGGUUGUAAUCCUCUCGAUGGAUUCUUUUUACCGUGUUCUUGAACCUGAACAAAUUGCUCAGGCACAUCUAAACAAUUUUGACUAUGAUCAUCCUUCUGCUUUUGAUUUUGAGGCCUUGUACGAUUGCAUAUCAAAAUUAAAGGCUGGUAAAUCUGUCAAUGUCCCGGUCUACAAUUUCUCAAAGCACGCCCGCGAGAAACACACGACCACAAUAUAUGGUGCCAAUGUUGUUAUUUUCGAAGGCAUUUUUGCUUUUCACGACAAGAGAAUCAGGGAUCUUAUGGAUCUAAAGAUUUUUGUGGACACAGAUGCUGAUAUUCGCCUUGCGCGACGCCUUAAGCGUGAUAUUACCGAGCGUGGACGUGAUGUUCAAGGUGUAAUUGAUCAAUACACCCGGUUCGUCAAGCCAUCUUAUGAUGAUCACAUUCGACCAACAGUCAAGUAUGCAGAUGUGAUUAUUCCACGAGGAUUAGAGAAUACUGUGGCUAUUGAUUUGCUUGUUAAGCAUGUCCAGCUUCAGCUCCAGGAAAGUAAACUUGACUUGCGUUGGAGUCUAUCCAAUAUUCAAGUUGGCAAAAAUCUCCCAGUUAAUGUGCACGUCCUUCCGGUAACCAACCAAAUCAAAGGAAUUCACACUAUCCUCAGAGAUAGAACAACGCCUAGAGACGAAUUUGUAUUCUAUGCCGAGCGGCUCACAACCUUGAUCAUGGAAACUGGCCUUGGUUUGAUUCCUUUUGACCCUAUCCAAAUCAAGACUCCUACUGGAGCAGUGUAUAAAGGCUUAAAGGUCAAGGAUAAGAUUUGUGGUGUGUCUAUUCUCCGGGCAGGCGGAACGAUGGAGGCAGGUUUGCGAAGGGUGUGCAGUGAUGUCUUGAUAGGAAAGAUCCUUAUCCAGGCAGACCCUGCUACUGGUGAACCACAGCUUCAUUAUAUGAAAUUGCCGUCCAAUGUUAAAGAUUAUCAGGUUGUUUUGAUGGAUGCUACCAUAGGAACAGGUGCCGCAGGUCUAAUGGCUGUGAGAGUUUUAUUGGAUCAUGAUGUACCAGAGGAAAAUAUUAUUUUCGUGUCUUUUUUGGCUGCUCCCGUUGGUCUUGGUGUGAUCUCAAACGCUUUUCCACGCGUCAAGAUCGUUACUUCCAUGGUGGAUCCUGGUCUUUCCAAGGAUACUCUGUUUAUUGAGCCUGGAAUCGGCAAUUUUGGGGAUCGAUACUUUGGUACUGAAGAUGAUUAAAAAAAAUUAAAGCAAAACAAAAUAAAAGACGAAUAAUUGCGUGAUCUUUUGUGCUGGGGGAUCGCGUACAAUAUUCCACCUCCUCAUCAGGGUACCACAAUAAUCGAUGAUCAAAGCGUAUGAGUUUUCCUUUAUAUAAAUUUUAUGUUUGUUUUAUCG